AUGGGGCGGGGCCGCAGCGAGGAUGGGCGGGGCCUGUCCCGCUCCUGGGCCGGCCCCCGCCCCCGCGCCCCCGCCCCGUCCGAGCUGGACCGAGCGGACGCGGCGCUGCUGCGGAAAGCGCUGGAGGGAGCGUUCCUGGCCUGGUUCCGGAACGGGCUCUUGGCCACCGGCAUCGGCGUCAUCGCCUUCGUGCAGAGCGACACCGGCAGGGACGCGGCCUACGGUUUUUUCCUGCUGGGGGGGCUCUGUGUGUCCCACGGGGGGGUCUCCUACGUGCUGGGCCUGGCUCUGCUGCGGCGGCCGCUGCUCCUCUCGGCCCCCUCUGCGGCCGCCUCGGCCGCGCUGCCCGCGCUGCUCGCGCUGCUCUGGGCGGCCGCCCUGUCCCUCUACGUGGGGCGGCUCGAGGUCGAGAUCGUCCCCGAGGAGCCCUCGAGGAGCCCCCGAGAAGUGACGGGGGAGGGGGACGUCCUGGAUGAGCACUGGGAUCUGCUGGAUGAGCGCUGGGAUCUCCUGGAUGAGCGUUGGGAUCUCCUGGAUGAGCGUUGGGAUCUCCUGGAUGAGUGUUGGGACCUCCUGGAUGAGCCUCAGGACGUCCUGGAUGAGCACUGGGAUCUCCUGGAUGAGCGUUGGGAUCUCCUGGAUGAGUGCUGGGAUCUCCUGGAUGAGUGCUGGGAUCUCCUGGAUGAGUGCUGGGACCUCCUGGAUGAGCCUCAGGACGUCCUGGAUUAG